GGGCAGGCGCAUGGCGAGCUGCGCGGGGCUGGCGCUGUGCGGGCAGGCGCUGGUGGUGCGGGGCGGCAGCCGGUUCCUGGCCACCUCCACCGCGAGCAGGGAUGUGCAGAGGCUCGCGGUACCUCGUGCUCCUGGGACACGCGGUAUCACACUUGAUAGGACGCUUGAUAGUGACGAUGACGUCCCUUUCACAUAUGAUUGCAGUACUGCGGAAAAGAAGUCCCAGGAGAAUAAAGGGGAGGACGGGCAGCCCGUGGAGAAGGGGAGUGACACGAUCCUGGCGUCCGCCUUCUCCAAGUCUGGUGGUUAUUUUGCUUUAACUGAUGACAGUAAGCGCCUGAUUCUUUUCCGUACAAAACCGUGGCAAUGUCUGAGUGUCAGGACCGUGGUGAGGAGAUGCACGGCUUUGACCUUCACGGCCUCCGAGGAGAAGCUUUUGGUGGCCGACAAGUCUGGGGACGUGUAUUCCUUUUCUGUGUCCGACCCACAGGGAUGUGGCAGGCUUGAGCUUGGGCACCUGUCGAUGUUGCUGGAUGUGGCCGUGAGUCCUGACGACCGCUACGUCCUCACCGCCGACCGGGACGAGAAGAUCCGGGUCAGUUGGGCUGCGGCGCCACACAGCAUCGAGUCCUUCUGCCUCGGGCAUGCCGAGUUCGUGAGCCGCAUCCUCGUGCUGCCCGACCACCCCGAGCUGCUGUUGUCCUCCUCCGGGGACUGCACCCUGAGGCUCUGGGAGUACCGAAGUGGCCGAGAGCUGCACUGCUGUCACCUGACCAGCCUGCGGGAACCGGAGGAGCCAUGGGGUGACAAGAGGUCCGCGGCGUCCAGGAUCGCGUACUGGGGCCAGGAGAGCUGCGUGGCGCUGCUGUGUGACUGCAUUCCCGUGGUCUACAUCUUCCAGCUCGACGCCCGCAGACAGCAGCUGGCGUACAGACAGCAGCUGGCUUUCCAGCACAGAGUGUGGGACGUUGCUUUCGAGGAGGGCCGGGGACUGUGGGUCCUGCAAGACUGCCGGGAAGCCCCCCUUGUGCUCUGCAGGCCCGUGGGCGGCCGGUGGCAGGCUGUUCCCGAAAACGCCGCCUUAGAGAAGGUCUCCGCCCAUCUUCAGGGGAACUGGGCCAUGUUGGAAGGCUUGGCUGGCGUGGACGCGGGCUUCAGUGGUCUCUACAAGGCCACCUUUGACAAUGUGACUGCCUACCUGAGGAAGAAGGAGGAGAGGCUGCAGAAGCGGCGGCAGCAGAACCCACCCCCGGGGCCCAACGGGCAGGCCAAGAAGAUGAAGCCGGAGGAGGCUUCCCUGAGGUGCUCGUCCUAGCCGCCCCGGCUUGGCACGCCCCCUCCCUGCCGGUGGCCCCUCUAGGAAGCGAAGGGGCGACGUUGUUCCUGACCCACACUAGGUGACAGUCCGCUCUGCGCCAACUCGGCACACAUGGGCUGUCCUCAACUAGUGGGUGUCCUGGGCUGUAGAAUGUUCUGCCGCUGUGCAGAGGCUCCCCUGCCUGGAGUCUCAGGCACCCCUGGCUGAAGGGAGGCUGUGCCGCGGUGAUCCCGCUGGAGAGACUACGAGCAGCGCCGGUGCCCCGCAGCGCUGGUGCUUCCUGUCAGAGGCGCUCGGACCCACGGCGCGGUGGUGGCAAUGUGGCGGCGCUCUUCCCGGGACGCCAGACACGUUUGCCUCUGGGGGGGUCACGCGUCAGAUGUGUUGCGGUAGCGCGAUGGACAGUCUGCCCCCGUGUCUCCCUCUCGACGGUGCCCGCGCUGCCCGGCACAGGGGCCGCUGGCCUCGCGGGGGUGGAGGACCCUGGCCCUCCGUCCGCACCUGUGUUGUGUCCCCGCGUGGUGCCCGCACAGGGAGCACAGCUGCCGCCGUGUCGCGGGCUCGCUGGGAACACAGGGCACGGACUCGGCUGCUCUCAGGCUGUGCGAGGACCCGGGAGCCCCGGCAGGAACUGUUCUCCAGGGGAACGGUGGAGGCUGUCCCGCGUGUGUGUGAUUUCCCCGUGAGCUGUGCGCACGCGACGCGCAGACCGGGGUGUCCGCUGACUCUGAUCACCGAUCAAUGAACGUGAGCUUUUCGCAGCUUCUGGAAACGUGUAGCAGCCGCAUGUGGAACUGAUUUCCAAAUACACUGAGCAAAACCACUUUGGACGUGUGUACAGUUUGUGACUGAAACGCUGGCCCCCGACACAAAGCGUUUUUGGGUGGUUGGGCUCUGGGGACGCGGCUGCUGCUUUGCGUACUGAGCUUUUAGCCACUUCCCAGGGCUUGCUCUCAGGUACGGGAGAACCGUGUGUGUCCGCCAGGGCUCUGGGGAGGGGCUUUGGAGAUCCUAGAAACAGGUGGUUCUGUGAGUCAGAAGCUGGAACGCUUCAGCUUUCCCCCAAGUGCCUUGCUUUGCUCCGUGCGCUGAUGCCGGGACGGUGCUGCGUGUGAGCUGCUCGGGGUCCCUUCCCACAAGGGCAGGACUAUUUUGUUCAAGGGGCAGAGGGGACGGGACUGGGGGGGCUGGGGCCGGGGUCCUCCUGGAGGAACCUCGUUAGCACUGCGCUGGGGUGCCGGCACUGUUCUCACUGACAGUCUGCUUUGGGAUUCUGGGUUUUAGAAGAAGUUUGCCGCUGCCUGUUUUUGUAGGACCUGUGAGCUCGGAAUGGCUUUUAUGUUUCUAUGUGGUUGAAAACAAGAAAAAUAGUAUUUCACGGCGUGUGAAAAUCAUGUGCAAUUCAAAUUCCAGCUUCCUUAAAUAACAUUUUACUGGGACACAGCCGGCCCGCUCGUUAGGUCUCCGUCUGUGUUGGCUCCAGCCGCAGAGCGGCCCGGGUGCACAGACGCCACAUGGCCCACAGAGUCCGCGUAUUUAUGAUCUAGCUCUCACGGACGACUUUGUCGAUUCUUUAAAAUCCCUUUUAAAUCUGUGUAGUUUUAAAGCGAACUGGUUCAUUUUUUAAGAAAUGGAACAAAUCCUGUUCUUCUGUGUUCGUGUUGACAUUCUUUCUCACUAAACAUUUAUUGCGCUCCCCUUGGGAAGGUGUCUUGGAAACAGGGUCAGGUUGGGAGGGGUCCCCAGGUCGCCGGGUCAGAGCUGGAGGGUGUGUGACACAGGUCCCCGGCACCUGACGGGGAGACUCCGAUGUGCCUGCCUGUCUGAGGCCGUGCCGGGCAGCCGGGCAGGAUCAGGAUGGAGCUGGGGGACCGCGGCCGUUACCGUCUGUCCCGUGGUUGCUUUCAAAAUGCUUUGAUUCUUGUCACGGUCACACGUGACCGAGACCGAACUCUCCUGGCCAGCUGAUUGGGACGGACACCUGCUCUGCGCCCUUCUCCCCCGACCCCAUUCCUUCUCCCAGCUGCUGCUUUCAGCUCAUUUCUCGUGUUCAACUUGCCGCAGCCCAUGUCCUCUGCGAGCCCGAGCGCUGCCGACAGCAGUGAUCGCGCAGGCGAUGGGUCGCGCUCCGUUGGCGCACACGGGUGUCUCUGUCCCCCGUCUGUCCCAGCACACGCAGACUCAGGCUCUGGCCGGGGUGGGGGGGUGGAAGGAGGCAGCACGGGGCCCCUUCUGCCGCAGCAGCGUCCCCGGGGGCUGCACCCAUUUGGGGCAGAAGUGGUCUCCUGGUCCCGAAACCCUGCCGACACCUCUGGAACGAGGCCCUCUGUAAGGUGAGGGAGCCGUGUUCCCGGGAACCCUGCUGGUAGCUAACUAGUCUGCACCCGGGCCCCAGCUGCUGCGGGCGUUUCUCUGUUGGUCAGUCUGAGCUGCCACCGUGGUGGCCGCCUGCGGUGUUGGGGGGUGUCUGGUUCCGCCUGCGGGCCUGCUGUGGGGGCCGGGGACCGAGCUUCCGCACACACCUCUUUAAUUGUGCUUACCUCCCAUUUUCCGUUCUUUCUUAGUUUUUGUGUGUUUUACAUUUUGGGGAGAUUCCUUGGGUUUGUUCCAAUUCAUUUAGUUUAAAAGAUUUUAUUUUUAAGUGAUCUCUGUGCUCAGCGUG